AUGGUGGAGAGAAUCUACAGGAACACUGGCGUUGUCGUUGCUAUAGGCUCUGGUAAAUAUAUACUGUAUCUAUGUUUUCUUAUUUCUGUCCAUGAUACCCAGGGUGGCACUGUUCUUCCAAGAAAAUUCUUUUACUUUCCCCUUUUUUUUAAAGAAAAAAAAACUCUAACUGGUAAGGAAGAUCAUUCUAAUGACAUAUUAACUAACUUUUAUUGCCAUUCUUAUACGACUAGUAAUCAAAACUUAACGACAGGCGGAUGUACCUUGCAUUCGCUACCCCAAUUAACACAUAUACUAAAACACUAUUUUUUUAUGAACAACCAGCUCUUUCACCGAGAAAAUAAAGUUACUAUUUUAAAUUGUUUUCAAGCCCAAAACCGAUCAUAAUUUGUAAGCGCACUAGAAGGUUUUCUGUAAAGCGAACUGAAGGACUAUUUGCUUGAACAGGUAUCAUUUGCUUCAUUCCGUGUGUUCUGAUCAUCCUUUUCCUUGUACCAUUUCAGCCAUUUGCAGCUCAUGCCGAACUCUAAUUGCUGAUGCUCCAGCCACCCCAGCUAUUGAGAGACAUGAAGAGCAAGUGACGAAACUAGCUGCAUUCGCUUCAACACCAAAGUCUUUACCUAAGCAAUUACGUCCACCACGCAUUUCGACACACUAUAGUUUAUCCGUUGGAUCAGCUUUUUCUGUCCCUAGCAGCUCUUCGCAGGAAGAACAAGUAAGCAUGUACUUACCAGAGGGCGAACGGGAGAGAAGAAACCUUGAGACACUAAACAAUGCGAUGGCUGUCAUAACUGAUGGUAACUUCACUUCAUUACCCCACUAUGUUGACUGCAAGUGGGAAGCACUGUCUGGGGCGUCGAAGGAAGAAUUCAUAAUAAGAGCCGACGAAGUGGUUUCUUACGUACUAAACACCAUUGCUCCUUCACAGCAGGAGCAACUUUGGGAAGGAGUGGUCAAAUGUCGCCGUUCUGUUGAGGACAAAAUUAACAACAUCACAAUCGAUGUGGGACUCGAAGCAAUUUUGCUGGCUUACAAUGAAUGUUCAAAUCGGUUAACAAAAACUCAGAUAUUAUCACUCAUAAGUGACAGGUUCUCUCAGUUGGAACUCCAACAGCUUCUCCCAGGAAUCUCAUUACGCCAAGUAAAGAAUGCUAGAAAGCACGCGUUAGAACAAGGACGCGGAGAACCAAAGACAAGGAACGAGAUUUUCCGAUGCAGGUUGAACAUGGAGAAAGUUAGGGAUUUUAUUGAGUUCUUUUCGAGAUCCACAUUCCUCCAAGAUGUAGCCUUUGGAACAAAAACAUUGAAACUUUCUUCAGGUGAGAGAAUCCCCAUCCCUUCAGUGGUUCGUACAAUGACUGCGUCGAAAAUCAUCUACCUUUACCAUGAAGAGUGUCGUGAACAUGAUGUGGAGCCGCUCAAGGAGCGUACCUGUUUCCGUCUGCUAGAGGUUUGUAGUGCAUCAAAGCAAAAGUCCUUGCAAGGGUUGGACAACACGUCUACGACUGGUGAAGAAGCAUUCGAGACGAUAGCCUCACUCGUUGAGAAUCUAGGUCAACACGGUGCGGGUGCAACAUGGACCCGAGACACACUUCGAUCUUUAAGCGCUGGAAAGAAUUAUCUCAAAAGCGUAUACAAGAGUCAUCUAGGACCGGAAGAGGCUUGUGCUGAUCACUGUACUGUGUUUGCACUAUCGGAUCCAUUCGAAGAGAGAUUUUCAGGUGAAUGUUGCCACGAUCACAACCAGGUGUGUCCCGAAUGCAAGGGUAUUGUUGAUGUUCUGGAAGCUAUCGAAGAUACUCUCAGAAAUGGAGAUCUGGACUUGAGUGAGAAGCAAAAGGAGAGAGCAAGGUGGAACUUAGAUCACGCCGUUUCCAGCAUCGAUGCUUGGAAAGCUCAUUUAUUGAGGACUUUUCAACAAGAUCAAGCGAGACAAGACACACUCAAUAGGUUAGAUGACCAGACCAUCAUGGUCAUUAAUGACUGGGCCAUGAAAUUACUUCCCAUGCGUUUCAGAGAAACGCAGUCCCAAUGGUUCGCCAAGCGAGGAAUUAGUUGGCACUUUUCUGCUGUUGUUCACAAAUCAAACCAUCCUGACUGUCCAGUAGUAUCCGCAAGUGAACACACAAUCCACACAUAUGUGGUUGCCAUUGACAGCUGCAAACAGGACUGGUUUUCCGUUUCUUGUAUACUUGAAGAGGUCCUUGUCUGUGUCAAAGAAUCGCAUCAAUCAGUACGCAGAGCGAUCCUAAGAAGUUAUAAUGCUGGAUGCUACCACUGUAGUGCGCUUUUGUCAACCAUCAAUUCCACUAGCAGAAGGUCAGGCAUCGAAGUAAUCCGCUAUGAUUUCUCUGACCCUCAGUCGGGUAAGGACUUAUGUGACAGAAAGAUCGCCCCUUGCAAACAGCGCCUUCGACAUUAUGUUGCUGAAAAUCACAACGUGGAAAGUGCGAAAGACAUAAAGAAAGGCUUGGAGUCCCCACCAGGAAUUGUAGGAAUGAGCAUUGCAGAAUGCAAGAUUGACUAA